AUGAGCUACAGGGAGGAAAUGACUCCCAGCUCUCCCCCUUACAGUCAUGACGACUCUGACGAUGCCUUUAUACUACGAGAACUAUCGACCCCCGAGCUUGAGAAGCGCCGGUUCCUCUACGCCGAUGACCAUACCCGAGAUGGCAGUCUCGAUAUCGAUGGGUUUGACGCGAGGUCGUUCGACACACCGUGGUAUCGACGAAGGGGAUCUUGUUUCUCAAUGAUCCGAUUUGCUGUAUUCUCUAUAAUGAUAUUCAUCUCCAUCGCCUACUACUUUUGGUCUAUAAUUCCUAGUGCGUCCAUAUCAUGCGAAUGCAGGUCCUCAUUAUCCCAUUCUAACCAUCGCGCAGACGAACCGUCCGACAGCGUUCCUCCCCGCCCUGUGUCCCCCCGCUCUGCGAAUCACCAGAAUGUAUCGAUCCUUGCGAGGACUUCGAGCAAUAUGUUUGCGGGGGCUGGAGAGAACGGCACGAUCUGCGGCCUGACCAGGGCUCCAUGUUUACUGGGACUCUUCAUGGCCGAAGCAGCUCAGAUGCGCUUCGACACAUUUUGGAAUCCACAAUUGAGCCACUUGGAUGCUUUGCUGGCUCAAUUCGAAGAUAUCUAUUCCGCAGAGUCAGCUGCGGUUUGGUUUCGGAUGUCAAUAUCACAGAUGCCAGUAUUAUUUCUCAUGAAUUUCUGGCGUUACGGCGCUGGUGGAAAUGGGCCCUGGUGUGAGUACUCCAGCCGUUGGCAUUCCACAUCUUCUUGUUCUAACAGGCGAAGCCCGAUGAUCGUGAUCCGGACCAAAAUUGUUAUCUCUGUCGGCCCACCAGACGAAAUUGGGCUUCCGACUGUGUUCCGAGUACACCGAAGUGUUGAAAGAAGUUCUUGGGGACUUUGUCGGACAGGACAAAGCGAGUUCUCCGUUGAGGAUAUUGUGCUGUUUGAAUUCGAAGCUAGCAAAUGCACACCAGAUGCGCAGACCUUGCAGGAUGUGGAGAAAUCGAAUAUAUUGCUGCCACAGAUCUCUUUAUCUACCAUGGUUUCCGCGCUUUCCCCUGCCGAUUUUCAAGACCGACCGGCCUGGAUUAUCAUCCAGGCGUAUGUGGACCAGAUAGAGGACGCCAAAACUCACGCCCCUGCGCAGGUUUCCAACAAGCUAGCCUGGCAAAGACCCAAAGCUACAACCGAGCGGUGGAGAACGUGUAUUGGGUCGUUAGAUCGAGGACUCAGCUGGCAUUGGGAUGUCGCCCGACGGUUACGGAAACUCAGUAUUGAGAAAGUCGACAACAUUGUCCAAAAGAUCGGAUACCCUACCAAGAGUCCAAAUGUGAUGGACCAGCGGACAUCGAGAGGUAUUACCACGAGCUUCAUAUCUCCAAUGACACCUUCUUUGAGAACGAAAUGGCUAUUGCGAAGUUUGAUUCUUCACCGAGCCUGGUCGAAGUUGGGCAAGCCCACUGACCGAAACGAAUGGGGAAUGACGUGCACAACUGUGAACGCCUACUACAAUCCUCCCUUGCAGGAGAUCGUGUUUCCGCCGGUAUUCUACGGGAAAUCUGCACCUUCUUUCGAUUCGACUGGUCGGCACUAUGACCAGACUGGGAACUACACCGACUGGUGGGACGAGAAGACCGUCCAACGGUUUUCGAAGAAACGCGCGCAGUGCUUCGUUGAUCAAUACUCAAAUUUCACCAACAUUGCAGACGCUGGAGGCCUCGGAGCGCGUUCCAGGCAUUGGAAGAAGAGAGACGAAGCCUCGCGGAUGGCUCAUCUCCCCGGCCUUUUCCACUUUAGCAAGGAGACGCUCUUUUUCAUCGCCUAUGGGAAACUGGUGGGAAGCCGCCUUCAAGCUAUCUAUACUGACCCCCACGCUCCUAAGUUUGAAGAAUUAUAUUGUGAGGCACGGAUGGCCAAUUCUCGCGAAUUCAAUGAGGCAUUCAAUUGCCCACCAAGAAGCCGUGUGCAAGCUCUGGUAGCUGAAGUGGUUUUUUCUGCUCAUUAA